GAUGGCGUUUCGCGGUAAUUUGAGUCCACCAACCAGUAUUAAGUGUGCAACAAGUGCUUUUGUCGUGAUUUAUUAGCAUUUAAUUGUUUAUUAUCAAAUUUACAAUUAUUUAUACCCUGUUAAUUAAAACUUUUUUAUUUUUUUUUAAUUAUUAACCUCAAAAAAGUGAUAGUUUCAAGAUGUUUGAUUGCUGCUGUAUUUGCCUUUGUAUUUCUCUGAAGAAAGGAUCAUUGAUCUUUGGAAUCAUUAAUCUGGUCUUAUCAUUAGCUGUACUGAUAUGUGCUCCAAAAGCUGAUGAAACAUCACAUCUAGGCUAUCAUUCUGAUCAUGUCCGGUCUUUUCAAAGACAAUGUAUUUACAUCUUCUCAGUAUUGACGGUUGUCGUGUCAACACUAUUAAUAAUCGCAAUUAUUAAGAUGAACUCCAAAUUAAUACUAGCCUUUUUAUGGAUUGGGUUCACGCAAUGGGUAUUCUUCUUGCCUGUGUGUAUAACAUUUAUCAUAAUGGCAAGUACAUCCUCAGGAUCAUCAGAGGAUGUAUUGUGGACUGGUGUUGAAUUUGUUAUAAUUCCAAUUAUCCAAUCUUCUUUUUUACUGAUAAUUCAUCAUUAUUAUCAAGAGUUAUUAAAUCAAGCAGAUCGUAGAGCUGAUUAUGAACCAAUAGAAUAACCACGAAUAUAAUUUUAUUUCAAGUUAAAAAAAAUCUUGAAUUGAUUUUUCUUUUAACUUU